AUGAAGGAUAUCAAGAAGUAUUGGUUCAAUGCAAGCAGCCCAAGUACUACUCAAAGCAUAAGGUUGGGUCGGAGCUACACAAAACCGCACUAUGAGAGCAACCGUGAUGGCACAAAACCAAUGUGGCAAAUGCUUUGGAGAAAGCUCAAAAGGGAUCAUAAGAAGAAAGGGUUUGGUUCAAUGGAGGGUAUUUAUGACCCGGAAUCAUACUCUAUGAACUUUGAUCAUGGAACUGGAUGGAUGGAGCCUGAUAACCUCCCUCGUUCCUUCUCUUCUCGGUAUGCUGACCCAUCUAGGAUCUUACCACCUAGACAUUUAUUGGAUUAA